CAACUUUAAUAUCCCUAGAAAAAUUAGAAGGAAUUGUAAACCUUAUUCCCGAACAAGAACAAAUUCUCGCCGUAGUUAGAAAAUCGGAAUUUGCUCCUAAAAUUAAAUAUAACGAAGGAGAAAACUUUUCUCGAUUAAUUUCUCAUCCAAGUAGCAUUAUUAAAAGUAGCGAGUUUGAAAAAUUCUUAACUGAUGAAAAUAUCUCUGACCUUACGGAUAAAAACUUAGCUGGUUUAAUCAUAAAGAAAGAAGAUCCGGCUAAUGUAAUUGGCCCUAUUCUGAAAUACCGAAUUUUUCAAUACCUAGGAAAAACUAGCGAUGAACGAGAAAAAGAUUACAAACCGGAAGAUAUGCUUGAAUUAAUUCAAGAAGCCGAAAGAAAUUACAGUCAAGAUAUUGAUGGUUUGACAGUAGGAACUAGAACCGGUAAAGAAUUAAAAAUUUCUCUCCGCAAAACUAUUG